AUGAACCUUUAUAAAUUUAUUAGGAUAUUUUUUGGAUUAAUAUUAGUUUUUGGAAUUAAGCUAAUUUUAGGAAAAUCUUUUACGGGAGAUAAGUUGCUGAUUGUUCAUAAUUCAGAUAUAUCUUAUAAUGAUUUUUCGCUUUUUUUUGAUUCUUUUAAAAUACGGGGGUACAAUCUAACAUUUAAGGAUCCUGAGAUAGAUAGUAUAUCUCUUUUUAAAUAUGAAAAACGUAUUUAUGAUCAUCUUAUUUUAUUUUUGACGAAGGAAAAAAAUAUCAAAAUUGAAUACUAUUUACCCAAUUCCAAAAUUUAUGAGUUUAUUGAUCAGGGUGGAAAUAUUUUAAUUGCUACUUUGUCUACUGCACCGAAAAAUAUUCGUAAUUUCACAUCUGAAUUGGGGAUUUACUUAGCAGAACAAGAUACUCUUGUUGUAGACCAUUUUUCAUAUGAUAAAUCUGAUUCUCAGAAACAUUCUUUGCUUCUUAUUGACAAUUUUAAAAAAAACAACUAUGUAUUAAGUGACGAAGUUAUUAAAGGACCUCCAAUACUUUAUCGAGGGAUUUCCCAUUUUUUAGGAAAUGGGCAACUUAUUGUCCCUAUUCUUACUACUGGAAGAACAGCAUAUAGUUAUAAUACAAAAGAUGAAUCUAAUUUUGUAAAAAAGCCAUGGGUAGCAGGUAGCCAAACAUAUCUUAUAACAGGUUUCCAAGCAAGAAAUAAUGCGCGAAUUAUAGUUACAGGGAGUAUCGAAAUGUUUUCUAAUAAUUUUUUUAAUUCAUAUUUUAAAAAAAAUCUAAAAUUUGGGAAUCAGAAAUUUGCAGAGGAUAUUACUGAGUGGCUUUUUCAAGAAAAAAGUGUAUUAAAAGUGGUUUCAAUAAAACACAAUCUUGCACAUAAAACAUUAGAUACAAAUCCACCUAAUAUUUAUAAAGUAAAGGACAAUGUGACAUUUGAAAUCACACUCUCGCAAUACAAAAACGGUUUAUGGAUACCUUUUGUUGUUUCAGAUAUUCAGUUAGAGCUCAUUAUGCUAGAUCCUUAUAUAAGAACAGUUCUUAAAGAAACAUCUAGAAUCCCAAACUCAUCUAUUUACUCUACCACUUUUUCUUUACCUGAUCAUUAUGGUGUCUUUCAUUUCAAAGUAAAUUACAAAAGACCUGGUUUAUCAUAUAUAGAAGAACGAUCUACUGUAACUAUCAGGCAUUAUAGACAUGAUGAGUUCCCGCGAUACCUUUUCGUGGCAUUUCCUUAUUAUGUAGGAGCUACUACAACAAUAUUCUCAUUUCUUUUUUUUUGUUUUAUUUGGCUUUUUGAUAUAAGUUUAAAUAAAAAGGUUAUGAAAAAAAAUCAAUAA